AAUUGUAAAACAAUUGUAAAAUCACCUUUAUACCACCGUGGUAUGAUCAUGCCGUGAAAGAAGUUAAAUCCAGUCAAUGUUGUAGUCAACAAUAACUUUGAAUGUGAAAAAUGCCAUCAAGUAUGUCAGAUUAUCACAUUCAGGAAGGACUAAAAUAAUUUAAAUUAUUGAUACUUUUGAUAGUAUUCAUUCGCGCAAGUGUCAAAAAGAAGAAUUCUGAGAGUUUGAAUUAAAACUCAAAAUUUAUCUCGUCUCUGAAAAAUACGAAAAAUUUGACAAAAAUGUCUGAAACUGAGGUGAAUGCAGAGGACAGUGCGGAUCCGAACAUUAUUACCGAAGAGGAUAAGCAAUUUCUGCAGGAUUAUGUGAAGGAGGCGGAAUUGAGACUUGCUGCCAAGGAGGAAAUUCGAUCCUCGAAUAUGAAUGUGACGAGACCAGCUGAAUCAUAUUUCACCACUCUCGACUCGAGUUUAAAGAAAAAUACGACUUUUGUUAAGAAAUUGAAGAAUUUCAGUGCUCCUCAGCUCAGUAGUGUUCUCAAAGAUAUGUCGAAUUUAAAUUUAACGAAAUACGUGAGUGAGGUUGCGAGUGCUCUGGUGGAGGCCAAACUCAAAAUGACUGACAUUGUACCCGCUAUCAAGGUUUGCAGCUAUUUGCACCAAACUUACGCAGAAUUCUCGAGUCAUCUCUUUGAGAAUUGGCAGAAGAAUUUGUCCUUGAAGAUAGGAGACAAAAUUUCUAAUCCCAGCAAACUGAGAGUUGAUCUCCGGUUUUACGCUGAACUCGUUAACGCUGGCAUAUUUACACAUAAGCAGGGCCUCUCUCUAUUGGGAUCGGUUUUAACAGUACUGAUUAACAUGGAUAAAGAAGAGCACAGCAACGUCAGUAUAAUUCUCAGCUUCUGUCGGCACUGCGGAGAGGAUUACGCCGGACUCGUACCUAAAAGGAUUCGCAUAUUAUCUGAAAAAUUAAGUGUCUCCAUACCAAAAAGUAAACUACUUUCCCCUGACAAACAACAGAACGUAAAAUUGCUAUUAAGAGAUUACUACAACUCUCUCUGCAAACAUUUGCUCAAAGAUCACAAAGAUUUACAAGCCUUCGAGAGGCAAAACCGUAAAAUUUUACAAACAAGGGGCGAGCUAAGUACCGAGAGGAAAGAAAAGUUAGAGGCCCUCCAGCUUUCUUAUGAGCGAAUCUCAACAAAUGUUCAAAGUUUCUCAGAAACACUGGACGAGCCAAUGAUGGAGUUGCCCAUGGACAUUGAAGUCAAAAUGGAAACUGAGGAGUCGUUCAAGACAAAUGUCGAAGGCGACGAGUGUACAAUAAUCGAAGACUUGUGGGGCGACGAGGAAACGAGAAGAUUCUACGAAGUUUUGCCAGAUUUGACAGUCUUCUUGCCUGGCUCCUACUUGAAGGAAAUCGUCAAACAAGACCCACCGAUAACUGAGGAGACUCUAGACGAGGAAUUAACAUUCGACGAGUUGGAGGAAAUCGAGAAAGUGGACGAACCCGAGCAGGAAGUCGAAGAACCUCAGACGUCGAACAUUAGCAACAAAAUUCUCUUGGACGCUUUUUUCACUCACCUUCCGAACUGCGUGAAUCGGGAGCUGAUUGACAAUGCCGCAGUGGACUUUCUCAUGAAUCUCAAUACCAAGCACAACAAGAAGAAGUUGAUUAAAGCCCUUUUCGGCGUCUCGCGUAUUCGUCUAGAUUUACUGCCGUUCUACUCGCGGCUCGCGGCCAUUCUCUACCCCGUCAUGCCGGACGUUGCCAACGACUUGUGUCUCAUGCUGAAGCACGACUUUAAGUAUCACGUGCACAAGAAGGACCAAAUUAACAUUGAAUCUAAAAUAAAGGUUGUUAGGUACAUUGGUGAACUCGUGAAAUUCAAACUCUACUCGAAAAUCGAGGCUUUGUAUUGUUUAAAAGUCUUGCUGCACGACUUCACACAUCAUCAUAUUGAAAUGGCUUGUAAUUUAUUGGAAACUUGCGGGAAGUUUCUCUUUUGCUCGGCAGACUCGCAUCAGAGGACGAAAAUUUAUUUGGAGCAAAUGAUGAGAAAGAAGGCUGUAACUGCUCUUGAUUCUAGGUACGUGACUAUUAUUGAAAAUGCCUAUUAUUUCGUGAAUCCUCCUGAAUCCACCGGUGGCAUCACGAAAAAGGAAAGACCUCCGAUCCACGAAUUUAUCAGGAAACUCUUGUAUCAAGAUUUAUCGAAAACCAAUACUGAUAAAGUUCUCAAAUGGAUGAGGAAACUGGACUGGGAGAAUGAUGGGAUAUCUUCCUAUGCUGUCAAAUGUUUAACUGCUGCCUACAACGUCAAGUACUUGAAUAUAAGAUGCGUGGGAAGUCUGCUAGCAGGACUUGUGGCCCACUACGAAGCUGUUGGACCCUACGUCGUCGACGGAGUGUUGGAGGACAUUAGAGUGUGCAUGGAAGUGAAUCUUCCCAAAUUUAACCAGCGUCGCGUCGCCAUGGUCAAAUAUCUCGGAGAACUCUACAACUAUCGAAUGGUGGAGAGCGGCGACAUAUUCAGAACUCUCUAUCUUCUCAUAACUUUCGGAGUCAGCUUGGAGCAAGGCGCCCCAAGCAUUCUCGACCCUCCUGAGCAUCUGUUCCGCAUCAGACUUGUCUGCACUCUCCUCGAGACUUGUGGGCAGUACUUCAGUGGCGGCUCCAGUAAAAAGAAACUCGACUAUUUCCUGAUUUUCUUCCAAAACUACUACUGGUUCAAGCGCACAGAUCCCAUGUGGAAUGCCGAGAAUCCCUUCCCAGUCGACAUCGAUUACAUGUUUCGCGACACUCUCGCCAUGUUGAGGCCGAAAAUGCAGCUGUUCGAAAGCUACAAAGAAGCUCAAGUCGCUAUUGAGGAACUUCGGAAUACUUUGUACCCUUCCCUCGUCGCGUCUAUAAAAAGAGACCAGCAGUAUGGACAAACCGAGAUGGGAGUGAUUCCCGAGGCUGAUGAGGAAGCAUCGCCUGCUCCGAGGAACGGCAGCGGCGAUGCGAAAGGAAUGGUCGAGCUGCACUUCGAGGAGUCUGAGGACUACUCCGAAGGUCAGUCGGACGACGAGUGGGACGUCGACGCCGAGAGAGACGAGAACUUGGGAACUCAAGAAAACACCCAAGGCGAUCAGAGUCUGUCCGAGGGGUGCAACGACGUGGCCAUGAUGGAUUCCUCGGAAUUGAACGCGGCCCUUCCGUCAGGACCCAAAAGAGUCAGUUGUCCAGAGGAUGACGACUUCCUGUCAGCCCUCGACAAAAUGGUGUCCGACAAUAUUCAAGACAGAAUGCGGGACUCGGUGAAACCACAGCAAGUUGAUAUUUCCGUUCCUCUUCACGUUCGAAGCACAAAGAAAACCUACGAACAACUACAAGAAGUUCCCACGGACAACACGACUGUUGACUUUGUUCUCAUGUUGAGAAAAGGAAACAAGCAGCAGUAUAAAAAUCUAGCAGUGCCCGUUUCUUCCGAGCUAGCAAUGAACUUACGAAAUCGGGAGCAAGAACAAAAGGAAGAAAAGGAACGAGUGAAGAGAUUAACCCUCAAUAUCACCGAACGGCAAGAGGAGGAAGACUAUCAAGAGACUAUUAAUCAAGGAACUCGACCAGUCACUGUCAACUUGAACAGAGAAAGGCGGCAGAAGUACAACCAUCCGAAAGGAGCUCCCGAUGCAGAUCUUAUUUUCGGACCCAAGAAAAUCCGCUGAAUUGGGAAUAAUUUAAAAAAACCCAAUCGUAGAAUUAAUUCUAUCUAGGAGAGUAAUUAGAACUAACUUUACGUUGUUAUCUUAUUUACUUGUUAUGUAUGACAAACUUGUGAUAAUGUAAAUAUCUAUUCUGAUAAAAUUUUGUUAAAGGAGCGAAAUUUUUUUUUAAAUUGCCUUUAAAUUCAGAGUAUUAUGUUUGUAUAUUUUCAGAAUAAUUUUUGUAUAAUCAGAUGUAUAUUGAAAGGGUAAUAUUUUAGAAACUUUAUAUUUUGAUGGAAUAAAAUUAAUUUACAUUGUUUCUUCACCUGAAGCAGCUUAGACUCCAAAGAGCUAAAAUGGUGACACAACGUGAGAAAGGAAGUUAAGUGAAAAAAGUCUAUUACAAUUUUUUCAAUUUUUAUUGAAACCAUUUAGGAAAUAAAAUAAAAUGCAGUGCGCCUUUUAUAUUCAUUGGGUGUACGUACAAAGUUUAAUUUUAUAAACUUGCUUGAAAAUAAAAAUUUUUUAAGACCUCGA